GAGGUUCUGUUCAGUGCGGGGUGCGGUGACUCACGGGGAGACUGUCACCUCAGGUGCAUUGACGUCACCUUGGGGUGAGGAUGAGGAUGAGGGGCGUGUGUCGUGAGGUCUGGCAUCGUGGUGUGAAGCACAGAGCGCUGGCUCUGGAGUCGGAGGACCUGGGUUCUGAUCCCUCCGUGUAACAUUGCACAAGACAUUACACUUGUCUGGUCCUCAGUUUCCUCAAUUAUAAGCAAUGGAGUUCGGGUAGGUGGACCCUGAAGUCCAUUCCAGCUGGUUCUAUAAUUGCAUGAGGCUGAGGCAAUGGAGUUAAAUGACUUGCCACGGGUCACACAGCUAGGAAGAAGUCAUCCUCUGCAUGGAAAAUGAAGCUUGUACGAAUUCAUGCCAAUGCUCUGGCAUAUUCAAUGACUACUCUAGGGACUGGGAUGAUGAAUACGGUCUUUAAUUUUUACUACAUGCAGCUUUUUUUGAAGCAAUACAAGAUUUCAGAAGCUGCCUUUCACCAGUCUCAGGUAAUUUUUAUGAUCUGGAAUGCUCUUAAUGACCCUCUUUUUGGAUAUAUUCAAGAUAACGCCAAGGCAUCUUGCUGUUCAGGACGUCAAAUUGCUAUUUUGUAUGGCGCCCCUUUCUAUGCUUUGGCUUUCCUACUUCCUUGGUUCCCUUGGAAACACUACCAAGAAGGCGACUGGCUUAGCGGGCUUCAGCUUGUGGUAUCCUUAUGUGCUUUUGAUGGCAUGUUGACGUUUGUACAGCUAGCCCAGUGUGCCCUGUUUGCAGAGAUUUCUACUCAACAUGAGAUCAGACUUCAGCUUGUUAAAUAUAACCAAGUGGCAUCACUAGUGGGAUCUAGCAGCAUACUUUUCUGUGGCCUUAUCUCUGAUAACAUGGAAAAUUUACUCCAUUUCCAGGCUUUUUCCAUUGUCAUUGCUGUUCUUGCCACUGCCUGCCUUUUUUAUACUGGUAUUUACAGUAUGAGUCACUAUGAACUUAAAGGAACCCCUGGAGAAACCAAUAUCUCAGAAAGUAAAUCAGAACUCUCCUGGGCCUCAGUCAUCUUGUUGACCAAAGAGAUAUUAACCCAGAAAAACUUUCUGCUUUUCUUGGCAAUGAAUUUCUUCCAAGUCUUCCAUUUAACCUUCUUCAGCAACUUCAUGAUGAUCUUUGCAGAUAACCUCAUCCCCAAAGAUGCUUUUUCUUCUUCUAUGAGGAGCAUCAUGUAUGGGACAGGAUUUAUUUGUCCACAGUUUCUUGUGCUCCUCAGCCACUCCUGGCUCAAGAAGUUUGGUUACUAUAAGAUCAUUUUAUUUUCCUUCUAUAUAGAAGGAGUAGCUGCAGCUGUGAUGUUUGUGCUGGGACAGGAGCACUAUUACAUUUUGGCUUUUUAUCUCAUAGCUAACAUGGUGAUAGUUCAAGCCUCGUUUAGUUUAUUCAAUUUGCCUCUGGCUGACAUCAUUGAUGCAGAUGUACUGAAAUUCAAACGGAAAUCACCCCUUUCCUCGAUGGUUUUUGGGACCAAUGCUUUGUUUACCAAACCUGCCCAGUCUUUAGCUCCUAUGGUUAUAGUCACUGUGUUAAACCAGUUUGGAUAUGAGCAGCUAAACAAGAAAUCCAUACAGAUUGAUCCCAGUUUAUUAACAGGUCUUCAUGAUGCAAUGUUCACCUUGAUUUGUCUGGUUCCCCUGGGCAUCACAAUAAUCCAGAUUCUGGCCUGGACUCCCUUCUCUAUCAGGAGUAGCCAUCACUCAAACUGGGCAGUGACCCCCCAACAAGAUCAUAUUCUACCAUGGAAUUGAAAUAUGGCUUGAGGUUUUUGUAUUUUUUUAAUUAAAAAUUUUUUCAGUUGGCAAAA